AUGCCGAACGAAAGCCCUACAGAGAUUGACAAAAUAGCUUACGAUGCACCACUUUCCUUUCCUGAACCGUCGCAAGCAUGGAAAAGCAAGAUGGGCGAGCGUGAGAACAACCGUACAGAGAAGCUUGUUUAUGGCAAGGACGUUCCUAUAGUCGACCUUAAGAACAGAUGGAUCAUCAUUUCUGGUGCAAAUAGCGGUAUCGGACGCGAGGCAGCUCUGACCUUUGCAUCGUGGGGAGCUCACUUGAUUCUCGCGUGUCGUGAGCCUGGCUCAGCUAGUCGUGAGCCUCAUCCGGUCGAGGUAGUCGAGGAGUGUAAAGCUGCUGCACGCGAGGGAGGGCAUGAAAGUACCACUAUUGAAUGGUGGCGAAUUGACAUGGCAGAUCUUGGAUCCAUAGAAGCUUUUGGCAGAAGAUGGCUGGCCACUGAAAGACCCCUGGACGUGUUGUGCAACAAUGCUGGGGUGGGGAGCAGCCCGGGUAAGGACGGCAAAGAAGGUGUCUAUCUGACGAAGGACGGCUUUGAGUUCAUUCAUCAGAUCAACUUCCUCUCUCACGUUUUACUGACCUCGAUGCUUCUCCCUUCUCUAGCCAAGGCAGAGGCGCCUAGAAUCGUAUGCUCAACAUCAUGUUUUCAUUACCUUGGUCAAUACGAUAUUUCCAACUUCAACGGCGGCACUGAGCUGGGCCAAGAAGGUGUAGGAAUGUACAAGAACAACAAGCUCUACUUUCAGAUAUGGCUCACUGAGCUUCAACGACGCCUUCUCCUGCACGGCGAGUACAAGCACAUCACAGUCAAUGGUUUUCAUCCGGGCUAUGUAGCUAGCGGUAUUUGGAACAUAAAUCGAGCUUUCUGGUUUCGCUGGCUCAUUGUGUGGAUUCUGAUGCUUAUGGCGAGAUUCUUCGGGAUCAACUGCCAACAGGGAAGUAUGGCGCUAGUGUAUAUAGCCACCGCCCCUGAGUGUGGACCAGACCCGAAAAAGCAAGGAGGCAAAGACGAGCGAGGCAGAGGUGGUGGAAGGUAUUUCAAUAGGAUAUGGCAAGAGGAGGCCAUGCCACAUUGUCGUGAUGCGGACGCUAGAUGCAGAGUCUGGAGGAAGGUGGCUGAAGAACUCAAGCUGAAGGAGCGAGGCUUGUUGGAUGUCCUGGGCUUCUAUGGUGGGACAAGCGACUGA